AUGGAGGCUUCGCGAACGAUUUCAGAGUUGAAGUCUUUAUUUAUUAGAAGCCAGGUCCAGAUCCUGACUGCAGCUCUCGCGCCCCAGGAGGGUUGGAGGGACUAUGCUCCGGAUUCGGAAGAGGAUCUCAGCGAGAAGGUAGUUGAGGAAGCUUUACAGAAAUUAAAUACGAUAUUAAGACAACACAAUCGGGUCGUCUACUCCAACCAAGCAAUACAUCAUGUCGCGCGACAGAUUGAAAGUCUAUAUUGGGAUACCAUCAAGAAAGAUGCUGCCAAUCCGGAAAGCAAUUUGACUGGAAUUGAAGUCGGAGCAGAUCUGUCAAAUCAUCUAAUUAUUGAGAGAUUGCCUACCGAAUGGCAAGCAGAAGAUGUCGGAUCCGAGGAACGACGAAGAUAUGACCAAUUACGCAAGAGGCUCAUUGAGUUGGAUGCUAAGCGACAACAGCAACGACGGCGACUGGCCCAGUAUAAGCAGCUUGAGGCACUCUUGGAGCCUUUCAAAGAUCCACUGAAGAAUAUUCAGCCAAAUCUAAUCACCAGAGAUGGUGAACUUACUCAGGAACUGGACAAGAUGAGAAUAUUGGUCGCGAGGGUGGCUGGCCGGCUCAGUCAGGGCAGGGAGAUUCAGCGGGAAGACCAGUCAGCAAUGACUCCGGCGCUUGUCCCGAUUGGGACUGCGGCAGACACGGCGGCUGGUCUGAUUCGCGGGGACUUGGAGACAGGCGAGUCCACGGGCAUCGAGAUCAAACAUAUCGAAGACAACCAGGGUGCUGAGAAGACCAGCAACCCCGUCCCUCCACCCUGCCGUUUUCGUGUUCACCGGCGUCUAAGGUCUCUCGUCGCUGCUGCUGACAUCCUCAAAGUUCGAAAGGCGGUCUUGGGACAGCCAGGGGACGCUGACAGGGAAGCGGAAACUCCCCUGAUUCCGCGUCCUGAAGGCCGGACUUCCACCGCUGUUAUCGACGACGACUUCUGUCGUGAGAGUAUGUCCUCGAAUGGUGCUGGAAUGCCUGGUUUCAUCGACAACUCGCCUAACUCUUCAAGCAUGGCCAACAUGUCUCGCCAGACGCCCUCUCCGUCGCCUCAGCACGGCAUUUCCCAGCCCAACGGUGGGGGAGGAAUGUCUGCUGGGGUUCCGAUGAACGCGGGUCACCAGAUGGAUCUCAAUCAUCUCUACGAAAUGGUCGUUGAACUCAGCGAUGUGCUGAAGCACAAUCGUGAGAUGACUCGUGGUAUUAUCAACAGUGCCGAGGAGAUCAUGCGUCGCUCCACCGCGGAAGGUGCGAGUCCCAACCUGCAGCAGGUCAACGGCGAAAUCAGCGGUACGUCUAAUGUGAGGAGUAGAGGUGAUGGCGACGGACUGACAGAUGCAGCUGCCCGUAUUGCUGAGCUCGAACGCGCCCUCGCGAAAGAACGUCGUCUUAACGAGCUCCUGAGGCGUGAACAGGCCGAAAAUGCCAAGCUGAUUGGGGAAUUCGAGGCGACGUUGGGGACCAUCGUUGAGCAGAUUCGCAACUAUUGCCAGAACAACAACAUGCAGUUCCUUGCGCAGAAGCGCCACUACAAUAAUCUUCUCCAGGCGGAGCGUGACGCCCACCUGGCGAGCCGUCUUGACCGUGAUUACUGGCAUGCCCAGACGAUGAAGUGUGCUGAAAUGAUUCGCACCGCCUACCGCCUGCGUUGCGAGGAGGACGACCUCCCGACUCGCAUUAUCUCUGGACUCCAGAACGAAGUUCGUGCUUACCGUAGCGCCCUCGGUAUGGAGCCGGAGAAACCGGAGGAGGAGUUUGGUUGGGAGUACCUCAAGAAUCUCCCGCCCAGUGUGGACUAA